AUGGAAGCGAUGGCAUUACACGACUUCCGAGGGGAAGAAGCGGAUGAGUUGAGUUUUACAAGAGGUCAAAUCCUCAAAGUUCUCGACAAAGACGAAGACAGACAUUGGUUUAAAGCUGAGUUGAAUGGCCAAGAAGGAUUGAUCCCUUCGAAUUACAUCAGAUUAAUGGAACACUCUUGGUAUCUGGGGAAUAUCUCCAGGGUGGAUUCGGAGAGAUUAUUGUUGCAAGAAGACAAUGCUGACGGAAGCUUUCUGGUGAGGAAAAGUGAAAGUACCCCGGGUGAAUUCUCAAUAUCAGUCAGGUAUUUUUUCUUUGUUCUUUUAUUUUUAGGUAUAUUAGAAAACAAUUAUGUAUGGAGUGAACCAAUGUCGUUAUAGGUUCAACAAUGCAGUACAGCACUUCAAAGUCCUCCGGGAGAAGCGAUAUGGCCUGUAUUAUGUUUGGUCCAAAAGAUUCAACAGUUUGAAUGAUCUCAUUAGUUAUCAUAGGUAAGAUCAGCCUUUUCUUGUUAGAAUUUAGUCGUCUAUGUGUAAGGAUUAUAAUUUUAGAGCGAAUUCGAUAUCAAAAACGCAUACGAUUCUCCUCCGAUCGAUGGAAUUGGCGUUCAAACAUAACACUUUUGUCCAGGCAUUGUUUGAUUUUGAUCCACAAGAAGCUGGAGAGUUGGGAUUCAGAAGAGGAGAUAUAAUUACCGGUAAGCAUUUAGGACUUUUGUCAAAACUUUUUUUUCUCUGCAGUAACCAACCGUGAAGACAAAAACUGGUGGAUGGGUACCUUAAACAACCAACAUGGUGUGUUCCCCGCCACUUAUGUUGCUCCAUAUGACAACAGGCCAUAA